CCGUGAUUAUGUUACGCCUGCGCACUUCGCUACUGUUCGCGCUGGUGGUAGCACUGAGCGGCAUACGACCGGGUGAGCCAUACUUCUACAACGGCAUCAAAUCCGGUCUGGAGCCCGAUCUGAAGCACUCGCUGUUUCUCGACCGUGUCGGCCAGUGUCGUUGGCAGCAUGAUCUACCCAUUUUCCUGUCCGACAUGCGAAUCGCGCAACAGAACAACACGCACUACGUGAUCAGUGGUGUGCUGCGAGUGCGGCGCAAUAUUACGGACGCUACGACGGGGACCGUUUCGAUCGAGAUCUGCCAAAAUGCGACCCAGUGCCGUCCGUUCAUCGAUCGACCGGUGGCCAUUGGGGAUGUUUGUCAGUUUCUAGCCGAAAAGCGCCCCAGUUCGCUGGGGGAAGUGUUGGGACACAGUGUACCGCCGCUACGUUGUCCCCUGACUAAGGGUGUGUAUAGGAUCAAUGACGCACUGGUGGAUUACAAACCGUUCCGGUAAGGAUAGGUAGCAAUGUUAUUGCAUGUACUUCAUUUCUAAAGAAAUAUCCACAUUUUUAGGUACUUUUCACCGAAUGUUAGUAAACUUUGGCGCAUCGAUUUGGUAGCGGAGAGUGGCCAGAAGCGGUUGUUUUGUGUGAGAAUCGAGCUGUACGUCUACAGCUGGGAGGAUAUGCUGCCAAGGUACUGAAGUGUGACACUUUACUGCAAAAUUCGAGUGAAAUUGUGCAACCCUUUU